ACCGUUGGAAAAAAUGCGCUUCACCUCCACAACCAGUGCGAAAAUGUGCGGUGCUGUGCGCGAUUGAACGGCCAAAAUGCGGACGUUUUUAUUUUUUACCUGUCUGGUCGCGUACUUAGGUACGGCGGUCCAGCAGGAGUCCCCGGAUGAGUACUACAACGGACAAGGCGUCAAUCCGGACAUCGCUCAAUCCAAGACUGAACACCAAGGUGGUACCGUCGUGGCAGAUCAGAUCUUCUUCACGAAAGACCGGAGCCCCUAUUGGCUUCGGAACGAUCUCAUCAUCGAACGGCAAGCCGAAAUGAUCGUUGAGCCUGGUGUGAUCAUUAAAGUUGAGCCUCAAGUUGGGAUUACGGUGCGCGGAACGUUAACUGCUGUGGGAACUGAUUCCGAACGAAUAACAUUCACCACAUCCGAACUGACAGCAGUACGCAACGUAAUCCUGCCAGACAUUAGAUUAGUAGACGGGCCAAGUAUUUUAGCAGGACGAGUACAAAUUAAACACAAGGACCAAUGGAGAUCUGUAUGCACCAACUCCAAAAAUUGGACAAUAGCAGACAUGGAAACAGCAUGCCGCCAACUGGGCUUCCAAGGCGGCACCUUUUUGAACUGGUACAACCGACAGAUGCCCCUAAAACCACGUCUGUUAUACGAAGAACCAAAAUGCAGGGGCACAGAAAGCUCCCUACUUGAAUGUCAGUGGAACAGUAGACAGCUAGGUUCUGGAGUCUGUGAUUAUCAUCCGGACAUAGCGAUAGAAUGCAAGCCCAGACAUGAUCUCAGAACUCCCUUUUGGCGCGGCCUCAAAUUCGAAUACGCCGAUAACCAGAAACGAUUGUCUUUGCACAACACUUUGUACUUUCAAGAGUCGUUGUCCAGGCUUAAAUACGUUGACUUGCUGUACGCAGGCGUUGGCAGGAAUGGUAACGCAACAAGCGCCAUCGAAGUACUAGGAGUACCUCCAGAAAUCACCAACGUUCACAUAGUUAAUUCAGCUUACAACGCCAUCAACAUCACAAAACCGGAGGCGCCGGUCAAAAUCAACGACUGUGACAUCCAGAACAACAGAGGGUAUGGUAUUUUCAUCAACUCCAGCUUCGGUUUGGCACACAUCCAAGGUUGCAACGUCAAAUCGAACGGUGGUGAUGGUAUACGAUUCGUGCACGCGGAGGAACGACCGGAAGAACGGGCCGACAAGUUCGGUUACAGAGACUUCUGUCAGAUCGCCACUUCAUCCAGUCAAACUUUUCCCAUACAACUGUAUGCGGAACAAACUGUCUUUUUAAACAAAGAGAAGGUUUGCGAGAAAGUUUUCACAACAAAAUACGGACAUGUCAUAACUUUAAAUUUGAUCAGAGCUAUUACAACCAGAAACGACAGUGGAACUAUUGAAAUUUACGACGGAUCAACCCUUAAUCAUAGACUGUUAACGACUUUGGUUAUCAGGAAUAAUACGAGGCCACAAUCUAUCACAACAACAGGCAACCAAAUCUUCGUCAAGUUCAGAGCUGACGCAAGGACUGAUUCCGCUAUUUAUUUAAGAAUCUUGUCGGGCUUGCAAAAAACCUUCGACUUAAACGUAACCAACUCCAACGUCUCCUCGAACAUCGGAAGAGGUAUUUCUGUAGACAAUCUUCGUUCACAGGUGCACGUACAUAAAACUUACGUGUCUAAAAACGAACAUGUAGCAGGUGUGCAUGUGACCAGUGGGGUCGGUGACGUGAACAUUACUGAAAGUGUGAUCAAUUUUAAUGUCGGUGAUGGUGUUAACAUAACGUACACGGGAGGAAGCAGGAACAUUUCCAGAAGUAAGAUUUCAUCUAACGAAGGUUACGGUGCCGCAAUUUGGCUUAAUCACACUCAAGAAACCGAGUUUGUGUUCAUCAAUCAAACCACUGUGAUACAAUACAACGAGUUCGAAAAGAAUUUGGACAUUGGUGUGUUGCACGGAAAUUAUUGCGGUGACGCCUUCUUCAACAUCACUGGCAACUCCUUCACGAAAAGCUUCAGCGACGCUCUAGAAGUCUUAACAUGUUGGAUCGGGACGAACACUUCCACAAAACUGCAAAUCGGCCACAACGUUUUUAGAAGCAACGAAAGAAUCGCCAUCAAGAUUUAUCCGGCAGUCAAUUUAAACGCUAAAAUCGAGUACAACCAUUUUAAAAUGGGUACCUUUGGCGCUCUGCUUAUCAAAAAUAAACCUUUGGAACAGUUCAACAUCCUUCCCACUGACAUCACAGUGCGGCAAAACUACUUCAUCAACAAUACCGGGACGUUCGUAGUGAAUCUAGCCUUGUCACCAUACGCUUUGGAUCAAAAACUGUUGUUCACUCGCAAUUUCGUCAAAAACAACAAGAUUACCGAACCAUUCCAACCGGAUGAUGGAUCAGUUUCGAAUCUUAACCCUAGAAGUAGAGUCGCUGCACCAGUUGUGGUCGGUUCCAAUAACGUGGACGUGUUUAGGAACAUCAUAGACAACCCUGAUAGCAAAUACGAAGUCGGGAGCCACUUAGAGGAUCAAAGCAAGACAAUUAAUUGUACCUACAAUUGGCUGGGUGACCCACAAGAAGAUCGCAUUUUUGAACGUCUUUUCCACAGAUAUUCUAGAUACAAUCUGGCCAAAAUCAAAUACAUUCCUUACCUGUUACACAAUUCGAAUCCCUUAACGACCAGAGUAAUGGAACAAUCGCUUCACGUACCAAGAUUCUUUAAGGAAGGCACCAAUGUAAUAGGGGGUGAAGUGGAAGGCGAAGAAACGAUAGUAAAAGGCGAAUACGUGGUGGAUAAAGACAUAAACAUCAGACCCAACGGAAAACUAACAAUCGAACCCGGCGUGGUUAUUAAAUUCCCACCUUCCAUAGGCAUGCUAAUCGGAGGACGACUGGAGGCCAACGGAGGUGCCCCAGACGGCAUCAAAUUCACUUUAAAGGAAGAACUUUCGUUUCCUCCCGAAAACGAAACUUUACAACUCGGAGAAGUUAACGAAGAAGACCUGGUGGAGCAAAUUACGCCAGAGUCUCUUUUACCCAUCAGACUUCUGGGUGGUAGCAGUGAAACGGAAGGCAGGUUGCAAAUAAGAAUCAAUAAUCAAUGGGGCACAGUUUGUAAUUAUGGCUGGACCAUAGAAAAUGCGGCGUUGGUUUGCCAGCAGUUAGGGCACGCGUUGAAUCCCAAGGAUUGGUACAUGGAAAGAAGCGAAAUUCCAGAUGCUGGAACAACUGAAAAAGUCAUAUUAACAAACGUGCAGUGCGAUGACUUCGACAUGGACAUUACUAAGUGUAAGGCUGAAAGGCUGGACAGUUUCGAAAAUAGUUGCGGACAUGAAAAUGAUGUUGGAGUGAGGUGUUACAAAACUUCUUGGGCUGGGCUGAGGUUUGGGUCGUUAGCCGAACGAAGCAACAUCCAAUUUAUUACAAUUGAGAAGUCUGGGUUGCUAGAUUAUGCCACCAAUUCGUUUAAGCCUGCCUUGCAGUUAGAUUUUGCCAGGCAAAACUUUGAAAACAUUAAAGUUUCUAAUAAUUAUCACCACGGACUUGGUGUUAUUUACUCGGACAUUUACACUGACGACACAGUUAACAACAUCAAAAACUGCGAAUUUACGGAUAAUAAAGGUGCUGGGGUGGCUUUUAAACAGUAUGGCUUUGAAAUUUUUGGUUCUACGAUUGAAAGAAAUUACAUUGGUGUUAAGCACGACCCUAUGUUAAAUGGUUUACAUCAAAGAGAGUUAGCUGGAUGGUUUACGAAAACUGAAGAUGAAACCUCUUUUGAACCUUCUGUAAUUCCAGAAUUAACUGACCAAAAUGACAUUUACAUAGGACAAGGACGACAUAUGUAUUUGGUCACAUCCAAAGUAGAAAAUGAACAAAUUUCGAGAAGUUACAAGAUAAAAUGUGACCCAGGUUGGGUCAUAGGAAUACAACUUCUAAAUCCGAUAGAAAAUAGAAGCACGGAGAGCAUAAAAAUCCAUGACUCCCUUACAUACAAUUUUGUAUCAGACGUUUGGAUAUUAAAAAGAGACCUAACAAUCUUUCCCACCACUUCUACAGCACCUGGAAUCAUUAUAGAUUAUUCCAGCGGCCCAAAAGCAUUUGGAGGCACUGUUCUGAUGCUCAGCACGAUCAGGGCACCAGCACAAACGAUUUUCAAACGAAUUGUCAAAGGACAAGUCCCAACCUUAAGUUUACGAAGGACUAAAAUUAGGAAUAAUAAAUAUGGCGUCCACUUAUCCUAUUAUAGUCGAUACUUGGACGAACUUGGCAAUCAUUUUUUGAGAAAAGCCAACGAAACUUUAAAGAUGAUCGACUGUGAGAUUUCACACAAUGAAAACGAAGCAAUCUUCACACAUUCACCAUAUUGGGACUUACAUUACAGCAACCUGUCAGAAAUCACAAUCAUGCUAAACACCUCCUUGAUUACAGAUAACGGAAAGGGUAUCUUUCAGUUUUCACGCGACAUGAGGGCCUCUAACAACCUCUUCCAUUACGUCCUUCAAGACAACACGAUCGAACGUAACAAAGCAGGAGGUUUCGACAUUAGUUUGCCGUACGUUUGGCAAUACAAUGAAAACUUUACUCACACAGUCUACAUGGACAAUAAUACGUGGGCUAAUAACAGAAACUUUGAAUGGGUAGUUGAUGGGCACUUCUCCUCCUUGAACCUCACAAGAGAAACCUACAAAAAUAAUUAUUGCAAAACUGGCUUGCUCACAAUAAAAGGCAUGGAGAAAAAGAUGUACAUUAGAAGGAAUACAAUCCAGGAAAAUAACGGCAAGUACAUGGUGCUGUUCAGUUCUACAAGUCAGUCAGAGAUAAUUGGCAACGUGCCGGCGUUAUUCUAUGAAAACGAACUGAAGGACAACAGAUACCAGAUGAAAGGAAGAGGUUUUGGCAUCCUGCAGUUAAGAAACGAACCUACAUUCGCUGUAGGCUUCAAAGGUAUACAAAAGGUGUUGCUAAGAAGAAACCUCUUCACUAAUAACGCUAUGGAUUAUCAAUUGGUGGCAGGAAUAAAAACUGCUAAAAUUAAUAAUUAUUUGGACGUGGCAGAAAAUUGGUGGGGAACAACACUUGAGGAAGAGAUUAAAAAUGUCAUCUUUGACUUCGAUGAUUGGAACGACCAUGCCAUAGCUAAAUUUUUGCCGUACCUUUUGAGUGGAGAGUUUGAAGGUGACUUAUCUAUAACUUACUAUAGAAAUACAUCAAUCGAUAUGGAAAAUCUUGGCGGAAGGAUUACCGAAAACGUCGAACUGCGCAACAAAGGAUCUCCAUAUAUCAUCAGGUCAGAUCUAACAGUGAUGCCAAACACGGUUUUCACCAUCUAUCCUGGUGUUGUAAUGGAGUUUGCUCCGAACGUCGGAAUGCUUGUUCUAGGUAGUCUCAUAGCAAAAGGUUACAAGGACAACGAAAUUAUAAUGAGGCCAAUAACCAGAAAAGAAAAUUUAAUGCAAGACGACGGUUCACACCCCUCUUACCGUGACAAAAGAUCCCCUGAACUGCUUCUGGGAGGAGAGAGCAUAAGACUUUGCAAAAAUAGAGGAUGCGACAGCGAAAUUCUACCAACUCAAGGCUUCCUCGAGUACUUCAACAAAACAACCUUGCAGUGGAUCCCGAUGUGCGACCCGCGAUUCACCGAACGCAACGCCCAAGUGGUUUGUCGGGAGCUGGGUUUCGAACCAUUAAACGCAUACUUCGAACACGGUGUCCGAAUCGACUACCACAGCAACAGCCUGUCCAGAAUUUGGACUUGGCCCGAACCACUGCAGUGCAUGGGAACGGAAAAGAAAUACGAGGAAUGUCCGAUACGACUGAACGGACAACAGUUCGGACACAGGCACCGUUGCGAGUGGGAUUCAAAGUUCAUUUUUAUUAGCUGUGACAACAAAAGUCCGGAGACCAAGAGUUAUUGGGGAGGACUGAGGUUUGCCGAUGCGGAAUUUGAGCAAGAGUUGUACUCGCAUCGGAUUCACGACGCUUACACUCACACCACUAAACAAACGGAAGAAUCAGUCUUGGAGUACGUUAAAAUUGAAGGUGCUGGUAUUUUGCACAACGAAAAGUCGUCUGCUAUUCAGACGGUCAUUAAGAGUCCUAAAAUUAAUUAUUGUACCGUCAAAAAUUCGGCCUUCCACGGGAUUGAUUUAAUCUCUCCUUCAAACACUAUGAAUCUGUUACACAAUGACAUUUCGAACAACAUGGGGAUCGGCGUUAAUAUUUUAUCCUUGUCGGGAGAAGGCAAAGAAUCUGACGAGUCCAGCUUCACGCCUUUACGUGCUCUAAACUACCCCUAUAACUUAUUCAGCUUGGUGGACAUUUGUGAUACACACAAGGAAAUCAGGAUAGAAGAACGCAUACUCCUGUAUUACAAAUACGACAACCACCCAGUGAAUUGCAUAAAAAUCUUCAGGAGUGCCUACAACAUCAAACCAUUAGGUUUCAGACUGCUGCAGUUCAACCUGUUCAACACCACCACACAAUAUGGUAUACCAGAUUUUAUAAGUUUGUACGACGGUGACAUUUACAACGUUUCUUCCACUGUCAUCGGGAGGAUCUCGACGAAUUCGGAGAACGAGAAGAAGAUGUUCAAGACAAAAUUGCCGAGUCUCAGCGUCAAGCUUUUUGCCAACGGUGCUUCCAGUGAUCACGGUUUUAUUGCUGAGAUUGUUACUCUCCCAAUGUCUGCCAUAGGAUUUAAUCGUGACGUGCAGCACAACAUUUCCAGUUCUAUGAUCAACUACAACAGACAAGGAGGGAUAUUGUACAACUCAGUUGGAGAAGUGAAUCCGGUUGUUACCAUUGAAAAAACACAAUUUAAGGCUAAUUGCAGGCAACUUUACGGCAACUUCACCACUUGUAAAUCUGCAAUUCACAUGGACGUCCAAAACACUCACACAAUUUAUUUUAGAAAUAAUCUAGUUGAUACAAACCAAGGAGGACUUUACAUCAAGGCAGAUUCCAGAGGUUCAGCAACAUCUCUAAGGGGCUGGAUCCACAAUAAUCUAUUCGUUAACAAUUCGAACCUGCCCACUUUAUACGUGGAAGGAAGACAAUCUUCUCCCUAUCAAGAAGUGACCAUUUACAGAAACUACUUCACCAGAAACAUCGCCCAAUACCACAACAACAUUAUUUUGAGACAAGUUGUUUCAAAUUUCACUUAUAAUUAUGUUAAAAGAAAUAUUGGUCAACAAAAUUUGGAGGUGUCCGGUUUUGAUCGUGUUAGAUUGAAUAUCUAUCAAACUACUACUCAUAAUGGAUUUUAUCAUAAUUUUGCAGUAAAUCGAGACAGUAGAUCCACCAUCGUUGCAGGAACAGCUGGUCAACAUUAUAUCGAUAACAUCUUAUGGAAUCCCGAUAAUGAUUACGAAAUGAUCACUGUAAAUAGAACACUAUUCGAAUUUAACAGCACCCUUCAAUUGUGGAACACGAAAAUCGACGCCGCCAACAACUACUGGGGUGUGAAUACAAGUCUGGCAGUCAGAGGAAGAAUCAGGGACCAAAGUGACGACCCGAAAUUGUUGGAAGUAAUUUUCGAACCGUACUUGAUGAACAACAAGACAGUUCUGGAUGGAAAGUGUCCACCAGGUUGGGCUUUGGUCGGCGAAACUUGUUAUAUGUAUGUUGGUGCUCCUAUGAGCUUCCCGGAUGCUAAAUCUUUUUGUCAAGCUGACAAUGCUUCAGUUCCUUAUUUGAUAGGAAACACCAAUUACGUUUACUUGUAUGACUUUUUAAGAAGUCAGCAUCAAUGGUAUCUAUAUUCUGAUAAGGUUUGGGUGCAGCAUAUUGACAGAAUUAGUGAGUGUACUGCCUUUGCGUACCAAAAUGUAGAAACCAGUGACUGUGGCGAAAAACAUCCUUUCAUCUGUGAAAUUGAUCCUAAAGUGUCGAUUAAAAUUUUACCACGGCCAGAUGAUGUGGUACUGAUCUCAAUCAUCAGCAGUUCACUUUUGGCUAUAAUUUUACUAAUUGCCGUCAUUGCCUGUUGGUAUGCCAAGUCUAAGUUUAGGAAAGCUCAAAGAUUGGAAAGAAGAAACAGUAUCAGACAAAGCUUAAACUCGUUAAGAUCAGUAGGACUUUCCCCGACUUCAUAUUCAGAAGCUAGCUACAGGCGCAAGGCUGCACUGGCAUCAAGAUCAACAGACACGUUAACAAAAGAUUACAAAAAGAUCAACGGCUCCUUCGAUAGUAUGGAAAAAUCAGUCUAUAACUCGUCAAUAGAAGACAACCAUUCUGUGGACACGUACACGACAAAUCCGAAUCCGUUCGGACCGACAAUCGAACUGCAUAAAUCUCCGAACAGAUACGAAAACCAAUACGCGAAGCCUCACCAGUACGAUUUGGGUUACAAGAACGCCGGAUUCAAAGACAACUCCACGUUCAACAGUGCGUCCAAUUUCCAAUCACGGUCCGACGUCGACGACAGAACUCCGAUCAUAGAGUCGCAGAACGGCGGAUCGUUCUACCAUCCGAGCGACUACUACAACGCGGACACGUUACCCCUGAGCAAGUCGCAGUCCACUUUCGCCGAUCGCGGCUACGCAACCCCGAGUUUUGAGUACGUAGAAGACAGACCGCGGUCGGAUGUCCUGGAGACGAAUUUCGAUGAGCCGGUCCCGUCGAGGUCCAAGAGUGAGGCUGUUUUAGAGACGAAUUUCGACUUCACACCACCCGGGGGUAGCCCGCAGUUUAAUCACCCACUGAGCGACGAGAGCAGGAGCAAGUCGCAACCUUUGGAGACGGCGAUGUGAACAAUACUUAUACCAAAUGCAUUCCGUACUAAAGUGCACUUAAUUUAUUAUAUUAACAUGAUGGAAAGACUAUUUUUGUAAAACAAUUUCUCUGAUGUGAUACUAGAACAAUACGUAGACGUAGAUUAGGGUAAAGUUGUUGAAAAUCACGUGUUUGUGUUCAAAAAUAAUAUGUAUUUCGAAAAUAUUUAUUGAGCAUCUAUUAUAUAGUUUAUGGACCAAAACGACUGUGUGCGAUAAGUGCAAUUUUUUUAUAUUUUGUCGACUUUUGGAGUUUAGGACAUUUGAUGUUAAAUUACAGGAUUAUGUUAUACGACUUUUGUAAUUUUAUACAAAUUAAAAUAUUGUUAGUGUUAAGUGAAAUAAUUUUAACUGUAAGUUGUAAUUACUUUUUAGUUUAAGAUCUCAGAAAAUAAAAUUUGUACAUAUCUCAAAA